AUGCAGGUCGACAACGACAUCUCGCCGACCUACGUCUCCAUCCACAACCAAUAUGCCACUUACAACAACAUUUUGACCUCUUCCGUCUCAACUACAAAUUCUACCUGGUCUGACACGGCCUCUCAAUCUUCAGAUGACACCUCGAUUUCCUCUACUUGCGACUCAGACUCUUGCGAUUCCUACUACCGCAAGCAUCAUGUGUCUGCCCAGGCGGUCAACUAUCGAUCUGCUCUUACCCAGGCUACCGUUUCUGAGCCUCUCCCAAAAGAGCUGCGUCAGAAUCCCCGCCGCUCAGCCCCCGGAUCUCGCGCUCGGGGCGCUUGCCCACCUCCGCUUGUCCGACAAAGCGACCGAAAGGUCAACUUUGUCGACUCUCUUGUUGACUCGUCGACGCAGAUUGUCGAGGCCAUUUGGCCACUGUCUUCUGCAGCAUGUCGCUCUGAGCCCGGUAUCAGGACAGUUUUGCCUUUGCGCACCUUUAUCCAGGAGACUCUCCGCCGCUCCCGCACCAGCUACUCGACCCUUCAGGUUGCGCUCUAUUAUCUUGUCCUGAUCAAGCCGCAUGUUCCCAAGCACAACUUUACCAUGGAGCAGCCGGAGGACCGUCAUGCCGACCGCGCUCUCCAGUGUGGCCGUCGCAUGUUCCUCGCUGCAUUGAUUCUCGCCUCCAAGUACCUCCAGGAUCGCAAUUACUCUGCUCGAGCCUGGAGCAAGAUUUCUGGUCUCAACACUUUUGAAAUCAAUCAAAACGAAAUCUGUUUUCUGCUCGCUGUCAACUGGAAGUUGCACAUCGCCGACGAUGUCUUUCAGCGCUGGACCGAGAUCGUUCUCAAAUACACACCGCCUCCCUCACCUCCCUCGCCUGGUGCCACGCAGGCCCUCUCCCAGCAGAGCAUUGAGUGGAGGAAUUUGAUCUUGCGCCUCAACCCGGAGCUUACCAACAUUGAUGGUCCGUUCUCUCAGCAAAACGAUCUCGAUGCGCUGCGACCUCGCAGCAUCCUCAACCCCCCUACCGAUGCUCGCGCCGCCAUGGUUGCUGCCGCCGAUGCCACCCCCAAGGCUUUCAUUUCGGCACCCAUUGCAACUGCGGAGUCCAUGGGCACGCCCGCUUACUCCAUCGGCCGCCCUGCGCCUGCUAUGGGACUUCUGCCAACCCCCCGCCUGACUCCUCAAACAAACGGUCUUUGCACUCCUGCCGUGAGUGUGGGAUCCUUCAGGAAGCCCAGCGCCAUGUGUCUCGCCAUGGCCCAAGCCCACUCGGUCACUGGUACUCAACACCUCGACCGUCUCCCCAUCUCGGCGACUUCGUCUCCUCUUAGCUACUGUCCGCCUCGUCGCUCCUCCCUCGCCAACUCUGUCUCCACUGCCUCGUCCCCCGAGUCCAUGAUUUCGGACGUCUCUCGCUCUUCCCGCUCCUCUUCAAUCUCAUCAGUCUCGUCCCUCGCUAGCGCGACCCUCAACUCCAAGUUGAUGGCUACGUCGCGAUUCCGUGUGGCUAAGUCGAUGAGUGAGAGAAGUUGCCAGAAGCCGACUGUCCCGUCCGUUCCUGAGGAUUUUGCUGAUGAGCACAUCUUUUCGUCGUCGCCCGAAUCGUAUACCGGCCCGGUUGCGAAGCUCGGAGGCCUGUCCUUGGACACUCCCUUGGCCAGACGCGAAGAGGAACUCGAAGACAUGGCUAGAGACCCUGUCUGCGACGCUGCUCGCGCCCUGCAGGACCUCCACAACCAGGAUCUGCACUCUGCCAGCUCUACGCCCAUUGCUCGCAUGAACCGCAAGCGCAGCCGUCCUACGCUCAUGGACGACAGUCUUCAAGAAAACGUCCGCCACCUCCUACAUGGCACCUACCACAUCCCCGAGGUCACAUGGAACAUGAAAUCCUCUCACAAGAGAGUGUGCUGCUCUACCGAGGCCGUCACCGGCUUCCAGACUGCCAACCCUCGCCCGGUCCUUAAUCAGGGCCAGGGUAUCUGGGAGGGCAUCCUGAACUAG